UUCCUUAUCACUCCCUCCCUCUCUCUCUAUCUCCGUUUCUCCAUGAAACCGUCGCGCUCCCUCUGCCUUUCUCCCGACCAUUAAUAAACUCUUUACACUGUUUUUCUUUAUUUUCCCUCUUUUUUCGGUUUCAUAAAUUUGUUCUUCAUUAAAUAUCUCUCCUCUCAAGCCCAAAUAAAUUGAUUCUCGCCCAGCUCUUCCGCUCGUCUGAAGAAGAAGAAGAAUGGCUCCCAAGAACAGCCGUGGGAAGGCUAAAGGAGACAAGAAGAAGAAGGAAGAUAAAGUUCUUCCGGUUAUUGUGGAUGUCACAGUGAAGCUUCCGGAUGAAACGGAGGUUGUCCUCAAGGGAAUCUCGACGGACAGGAUCAUUGAUAUUCGGCGGCUUCUAUCCGUUAACGUCGACACUUGCCACGUCACUCAUUUUUCCCUUUCCCACGAGGUCAGAGGCCCGCGGUUAAAAGACGUGGUCGACGUUUCGGCGCUCAAACCGUGCCUUCUCAAGCUGGUCGAAGAGGACUACGACGAAGGCGCGGCUGUGGCGCACGUUAGACGAGUGCUCGACCUAGUCGCCUGCACUACUUGCUUCGGACCCUCGGCUGCGACUAAGGAACCAGAGAAUUCAGAUCCUGCCAAAAAUGCACAGGUUAAGGUUGCAGGAAAGAACUCCAAGAGUGAUCCUGCCGCCGGCGACGCCGCGAUCAAGCAAUCGGCGCCAUCGAAGGACUCGGUUAUCGAUGAAGACGGAGAGACCAGCCAUUCUUGCCCUAAGCUUGGCAGCUUUUACGAGUUCUUCUCUCUCGCUCACCUCCCUCCUCCGCUUCAAUUUAUACGGAGAGUGACGAAACGGGAAAUUGAAGAUAUCUCGGAGGACGAUCAUCUCUUCUCCCUCGAUGUGAAGCUUUGUAAUGGGAAGCUGAUUCACGUUGAAGCUUGCAGAAAGGGGUUUUACAGUGUCGGGAAACUACGAAUUUUAUGUCACAGCCUUGUUGAUUUGCUUCGGCAGCUUAGUAGAGUCUUUGAUAACGCUUACAGUGAUCUCAUGAAAGCAUUCUCAGAGCGUAACAAAUUUGGGAAUCUUCCAUAUGGAUUUAGAGCCAACACGUGGCUAAUUCCUCCUGUAGCGGCACAGUUACCGUCAUCAUUUCCGCCCCUCCCUGUAGAGGAUGAGAAAUGGGGUGGCAAUGGUGGUGGCCAAGGAAGAGAUGGCAGCUAUGAUUUGGUUCCAUGGGCGAGCGAGUUUGCCUUUGUUGCGUCUAUGCCUUGCAAAACGGCAGAGGAGAGACAAAUCAGAGACAGGAAAGUCUUUCUUCUUCACAACCUCUUUGUCGAUGUUGGGAUCUUAAGAGCGAUCAAGGCUGUGCAGAAGGUAAUGUCUGUGCCAGGCUCGGUUGAAAACUCAGAAAUUCUUUACACUGAGAGAGUUGGGGACUUGAGUGUCACCGUUAUGAGGGAUACUUCAAAUGCAAGCUGUAAGAUGGAUACAAAGAUCGAUGGAAUUCAAGCAUCAGGGUUGGAUAAAGAGAAGCUAAUGGAACGGAACCUUCUCAAAGGACUUACUGCCGAUGAAAAUACAGCAGCUCAUGAUACUGCAACUCUGGGAACUAUAAAUUUGAGGUAUUGUGGUUACAUCGCUGUUGUGAAAAUAGAGGAAUGCAAGGAAGUAAGCUCAUCUUCUCAAAUUGUUGACCUCCUUGAACAACCUGAAGGCGGUGCCAAUGCUCUUAAUAUUAACAGUUUGAGAUUACUUCUCCAUAAUUCCUCUCCAGAGCAGAAUAAGAAAACACCACAACUACAAGCCUUAGAACACGAAGAGAUUAAGUCAUCCCAAGAGUUUGUUGAAAGGUUGUUGGAAGAAAGUCUUUCUAAGCUUGAGGAAAAAGAGCUGGAAAGGGAUAACUUCAUGCGAUGGGAGCUCGGGGCCUGCUGGAUACAGCAUUUACAAGAUCAGAAGAAUACAAAGAAAGACAAAAAGCAAUCCAGUGAGAAGGCUAAGAAUGAGUUGAAGGUUGAAGGACUUGGAAAACCGCUAAAGUCCCUCAAUAACAGCAAGAAAAAGUCAGAAGGAAACAAUCCUAAGGCACGGUGUACAACAUCAUCUCAUGCAGAUGAUGUUUCUACGGAGGUGACUAAUGCAGUGGCUGUGUCUUCACAACCUGAUGCUGAGAACAGCGGUAAAGAAAAUGAGCUUGUCUUGAAGAGCUUGUUGUCUGAUGCAGCUUUCACUCGAUUAAAAGAAUCAGACACCGGACUUCAUCAAAAGUCUCUUCAAGAACUUGUCGAAUUGGCACAGAACUAUUACACUGAAGUUGCUAUUCCAAAACUGGUGGCAGACUUUGGUUCGUUGGAGCUCUCCCCAGUUGACGGCCGGACACUAACUGAUUUUAUGCACACAAGAGGCCUUCGGAUGCGAUCUUUAGGAUAUGUUGUCAAGCUUUCUGAUAAGUUGUCACAUGUACAAGCACUCUGUGUUCAUGAGAUGAUAGUUCGAGCCUUUAAGCAUAUCCUUCAGGCAGUGGUUUCUGCUGUUGCUGACACCGAUAAAAUAGCUGCAACUGUAGCUACUGCUUUAAAUAUGAUGCUUGGGAUUCCGGAAAAUGUAGCAUUGCAGAAGUCUUGGAAUGUCCAUCCCCUGGUCUUUCAGUGGUUGGAGAAGUUCUUGAAGAAGCGAUAUGAAUAUGAUCUUAACGCUUUCAGUUACAAGGACCUAAGGAAGUUCGCCAUUUUGCGUGGGUUAUGCCAUAAGGUUGGCAUUGAGCUGAUUCCAAGGGACUUUGACAUGGAUUCUCCAGAACCAUUCCGGAAAACAGAUGUUGUCAGCUUGAUCCCUGUGCAUAAGCAAGCAGCGUGUUCAUCUGCUGAUGGGAGGCAACUUCUAGAGUCAUCUAAAACAGCUUUAGACAAAGGGAAGCUCGAAGAUGCGGUUACAUAUGGAACAAAGGCUCUUGCAAAGCUUGUAGCUGUCUGUGGUCCCUAUCACCGAAUGACAGCAGGAGCUUACAGUCUACUUGCUGUAGUUUUGUAUCACACUGGUGACUUUAACCAGGCUACAAUAUAUCAGCAAAAGGCUUUAGAUAUCAAUGAAAGGGAGCUAGGACUUGAUCAUCCAGAUACAAUGAAGAGUUAUGGGGAUCUUGCUGUGUUCUAUUACAGGCUUCAGCAUACAGAGUUAGCUCUCAAGUAUGUUAAGCGUGCCUUGUAUCUUCUACAUCUCACAUGUGGGCCAUCUCAUCCAAAUACUGCUGCCACAUACAUUAAUGUAGCCAUGAUGGAGGAAGGCCUGGGCAAUGUACAUGUUGCUCUUAGGUAUCUCCAUAAAGCUCUCAAAUGUAAUCAGAGAUUGCUCGGUCCAGACCAUAUCCAGACUGCCGCAAGCUACCAUGCCAUAGCAAUUGCACUUUCACUGAUGGAGGCAUACCAUUUAAGUGUUCAGCAUGAGCAAACCACCUUAAGGAUUCUCCGAGCAAAGCUGGGGCCAGAUGAUUUGCGUACCCAGGACGCUGCUGCUUGGCUAGAAUACUUUGAGUCCAAGGCUUUUGAACAACAGGAAGCAGCACGUAAUGGUACACGGAAGCCAGAUGCAUCUAUAGCCAGCAAAGGCCACCUAAGUGUAUCUGACUUACUGGACUACAUUAACCCAAGUCAUGACGCAAAAGGGAAAGAUAGUGUAGCAGCAAAGAGGAAGACCUACAUAAUGAAGUUGAAGGAGAAAUCCAAGCAGAACAGUAUUUCCGGACACUCUGGUGAAUUUUCCAAAGAAAACGAAAAGGAAAUAUCAGAUGUGGAGACAGAAGCACAUGAAACUGAAAGGAAAACAGGUGUUGCAAAUCAUGAGAUGAGUCCUGAACCUGUUGAAACCCCAUCUCUGGUCAUUGAUGAAUCUAUGGAUAGGAAGCCUGUUACGUCUACCGAAACCUCACCAGAGACACAUCCUGAAGGUGAAGAUGGAUGGCAACCAGUACAAAGGCCGAGAUCUGCUGGAUCAUAUGGGCGCCGUCUGAAGCAACGGCGGGCUUCCAUUGGCAAGGUGUACACAUAUCAGAAGAAGAACGCUGAUGCUGACAUGGAUAACCCUCUUCUCAAAACUGAUCAGCAGAACACUAAAUAUUACAUUCUCAAGAAAAGAACAGCAUCUUAUGCAAGCUAUGUGGAUCAUCAUUCUCUCGGUUCAACCCAGGGAACCAAAUUUGGCCGCAAGAUAGUAAGAACUUUGGCAUAUAGGGUUAAAUCUACGCCUUCAUCUGCAAACACUAAGACAGCCGAAACCUCUGAAGAUGGGUUGAAGAUGGGUGCUUCUGCAAUAGCAUCUGGUCCUCCUACCGCAGUGCCAAAUGACAGCCACUCUGUGAAAAAUUCUGUUGUAAGUCUUGGAAAAUCUCCAUCGUAUAAGGAAGUAGCAUUAGCACCUCCGGGUAGUAUUACCAAGUAUCAGGUCUGGGUACCACAAGCUGAAGUUUCGGACAAGCGAGAAGAUUCUAUGGAGAAAACUGAAGGAACAUUAAUGGAAAUUGUAAGAGAUGAACAGGAGAUUACAGCAUCAGGGGUGGAAGAUAUUGUAGAUGUGAAAAAUGAGAACAAAGUAAAAUCACAGUCAUCUGAAGUGAAUGAAGGGAAGAACCCUUCGAUUGUACAAGAAAGUGAGAAAGAGCCUGAACAGUCUUGUCACAUUGAGGUGGUACAAGAUGAAAGCCAGUUGAUCGACGGUGUACAAGAUAUAAUUCAAUCAACCGAGCAACAACAGGCGACUGAUGAGUUGUCCUCCAUCAGCUUUGAACCAGAGAGCAGUUCAGUUCCCUCCGAGCAAAAAAUGGAUGACCAAAAGGAAAAACCCUCAGGUGUGGUGGACUCAGGUGAUGCCCGAGGACUGCCUAACAAGAAGUUGUCUGCUUCAGCAGCUCCGUUCAACCCAUCCCCUGCCAUUAUACGGCCUACUCCGAUAGGCAUGAACAUCACCCUUCCUCAAGGCCCUGGUGCACCAUGGCCAGUGAACAUGACCCUUCAUCACGGGCCUGCUCCAGUCUUACCUUCCCUACACCAACCUUACCCCUCACCUCCUUCAACCCCAAACUUGAUGCAGCCACUGCCCUUUGUCUACCCUCCUUACUCCCAGCCUGUCCCUACAAGUUCCUUCCCUGUAACCAGUGGUCCUUUCCAUCCCAACCAGUUCCCCUGGCGGUGCAGCAUGACUCCUAAUGUAUCCGAUUUUGUUCCCCGAUCAAUUUGGCCUGGCUGCCAUCCUGUUGAAUUCUCCGCCCCUCACCCAAUCAUGGAGCCAAUCCUAGAUGCCACUGUAUUGGAACCAACAUCGCAGCCUGACAGUUCUCCAAUUCCAAGCUCACCGAAUAUUCUGCCAGUCGAUAUCGACACUGCAGAAGGAGAAGCCAAGCAAGAAGUCAGUCUGCCGGCAUCUGAUGUGGUACAUGCCUUAAAUGAAGUAACCGGGGCUGGGAAUCAUGUAAAGGAAAACGGUUUCCCCGGCACAGUAGUUAGCAACGAAACUUCUUUCCAUUCAAACACUGGGGAGACGAAAACAGAUGGCGAGAAAACUUUUAGCAUCUUAAUAAGGGGGAGGAGAAACAGGAAACAGACACUGAGGAUGCCGAUAAGUUUGCUGAGCCGACCAUAUGAUUCUCAACCGUUCAAGGUUGCAUACAGCCGAGUUAUCAGAGGCAGUGAACCUCCAAAGUCUGCAGCUUGAAUUCCAAAUUGACCGAGCGGGGAAAGAAGGAAAUAAAUCUCUAAGGUUAGCAUCAACAAUCUUCAAUGUUAUGUCCAUAGCUGGGGGGCUCAUUCCCAUCCAUUCUGUUGAUGGAAGAAGCAGGAGGAGCCUUUUUGGUGCAUCAGGAGGAGGAUGAACUUGGACAUUCUUUUUACCAUUUGAGGUGAUGUCUGAAUUUGGGUGUUUUUUUUUUUUUGUGUUUCAGCAUAAAUUAGGAAAUUUUGGACAUAAUUUGAACUCCCCUUGUUACAUUUGUUUUUUUUUUCACUUCAUAUGCUGAUCAAAUAACAUACGGACGAGGUUUAAGCCCGAUUGCGGUCUUUUAGACUGUAUUAAGAGAGCACGUCUCAUA